CAGGGGCCUUAACUAUAUAUAUACUCGACACGGACGUGCUUUAACGCCUAAGGUUAUAGGAAUCACUAAAAGCUCAAACGUGUUGUUGUGUUGUACAUGGCUCAAGGCAAUUCCGCAAAAAUAUGUGAUAAAACUUUUGACUUCUAUCACCCAUAAACAUUAUAAUAAUUUUCCUGAAAACGAGAAAAUUCGCAAGAGUCUUCUAAAGGCAACAGCGGGAGCGAUUUGCCAAGGACUUUCGAAAAUUUGCGUUAACGACGCAUCUCUGCAGUAAGAAGAUAAGUAUUCAGGGAUGUAUGAGAUAUGACAGUGUAGAAGUAGCUGACAGGACGGUGAACGCACUUUAAAGAAAAGUAAACGAAUGUUUAAAAAUUUGAAUAGGCCGACAGAAAAAGACGUUUCAUUCAGUGAACUUCGUUUUACACCCGCUCAUCUAAAGAGCAUCCAAGUUAUCUCUUCAUAGAAAAUAUACUGAAGAAUCACCAAUUCCUGCUAUCUCCUUUAAUGAGAGAUUGAACUUUAGAGCCCGUUCCAGACCUCCACAAAAUGUACAUUACCAUCACCAGCAUAUUCGUGUGUGUACUCUCUGUGGUUGCCAUAGUAACAAAUUCAAUUGUGCUUCUUGUGGUAUGGACACACCAGCGCAUGCGCACAUACACUAAUGGCUAUGUCGCUUCCUUGGCGACCAGUGACGUCAUGAUGGCAAUGGCUCUGAUCCUCCAGUAUGUCCAUAUCCUGAAUUCUCCACCUGUCAUUAACGUAAUAUACUCCGUCGUCUUCUUAAGCUCUCUGACGAACCUUUGCGCGAUAACACUGGAUAGGUAUUUCGCAUUGACCAGUCCGCUGCACUACAGGCAUUCGAUAUCCCAGAGUUUCCCGCUCUCGCUACUGUCCAUCUGGGUUAUUCCGGUUUUCUUCGCCACGUUGCCGUUCUGCUGGGAUGCUAACAUCAAGUUGACCAUACACAAAGUGUACUUGGGCAUCGUAGAAAGCUGCAUUAUAGUGAUCUUCGUCAUUAUUUUCGCAGCAUACAUACGCGUCACCAUAAGCGUUAGAAAGACGCGAAUCAACAAAACCUCCAAUUCAAAAAAGCGCAAAUGCGACUUGCGUCGCGCGUCGACGAUUGAGAAACUCGCGCGUUUAUUCGUGUUUCAUGCGUCGGUGUUCCUCUUUAGCUGGGGCCCAAUAAUAUUUACCACGGGGGCAGGGAUGGUAGGGAGACUUGACUUGAUCCCCAAUGCCUUGUACCACGCCUCCCCACUUAGUAUCACUCUUGGUCUGAUUGCUAACCCUGUGGUUUAUGGACUGAUGAAACCUGACUUCCAGGAGGUAUUGCAAAGGCUAAGAAAGAAAAAAGGAUCCACUUCUGGCAAAAGGCUACAUUUGUUGACAAGUUCCAUUGGAACCCGUGGUACAACAAAUGGUCAGACAUUUGUUUGAGAAAGUGGAAUAACAGGAAGCGCCCAAGGCGAGCUAACGAACUUUCAAACUCAGAGUUUUUUUAGUGUGAAAAUUUGCAAACGAUUCAAGAACUGUUCGUUCGACAGGCCGUGUGAUAUCUCUGAACAGGAAGCACUUAUAUUGAGCGGACGCCAGCCAGCGGAAAUCUACAUUGAGAUUCACGCACUGAUGUUAUGUAAUUCCACCUUGGGUUCAAGAGAAUUGCGUGACAAAGGCCAGAACAACAAGGGAAACACGUGACAAAGGUCAGAACGACAAGGGUAAUGCGUGACAAAUGUUCGAACGUCUAGGUCAUUUUGUGAAAAAGGUCAGAACGACAAGGAUGUUGCGUGACAAAGGUCAGAACGACAAGGGUAAUGCGUUUCAAAGGUCAGUCGACAAGGAUGUUGCAUGACAAAUGUCAGAAUGACAGAGAUGUUGCGUGACAAAGGUCAGAACGACAAGGAUGUUGCAUGACAAAGGUCAAAACGACAAGGGUAAUGCGCGACAAAGGUCAGAACGACAAGGAUGUUGCGUGACAAACGUCAGAAUGACAGGGAUGUUGCAUGACAAAAGUCAGAACGACAAGGAUGUUGCAUGACAAAGGUCAGAAAGACAAGGGCAUUGCGUGACAAAUAUCAGAACGAUAAGGAAAUUGCGUGACAAAUGUCAGAACAACUAAAACAGCUUUUUUUCGCUAGCUCGAAAUCUUUAUUUUUCUUUUUAUUUCGUUGCCUUCCCGUCAGAUAUAUGAAAUAAAGGUAAAAAGGCAUUUCUAGAAAUUUGUCAUGUUUUAUUGCAUACUUGUACAUACCUAUAUCAAAUUAAGUUGCACCCGAGAUACAAGUAUCGUAGCCCGUAGUAGUUUAUGGGUAACGUAUAAUUAGUUGAAUCUAGCUUUUGAAAGUCGUGAUAACGUUUAGAGGAACACAAAUAUAAAACUAGGUUUGUUUUUUUUUAGUUGCGCUAUUUGCUUACCAAUUUGAUUACCAUUAAGCAUUUCGGGCUACGACACAUGUAUUCUCCGAGUACAAACUUAUUUGAAAUUUGUAUAGUUGAAUCACGGGCUAUAGGAUAACUUUACUCAAAAAUUAUGUCUAAUGGCUUUGUUAGUUUUGAAUAAAGCAAGCAUUCCUACCUAAA